UAGUACGCUAGCUAUCGAGCUGUGCGACUAGCACUUCCCUGCUGUUGGAAUUUCCUGCCGCAAUCACCCACUGUGCUUGGAGUUGCACUGUCUGGCACGGGACUUGCUGUACAAUCGCUACCUCUCAGUUCCAGAAAGUGCUGUUUCAUUUUGUUUGAAGCACGUGUGCUGGGAGGAAGUAUUCUUUCCUGAGGCCCAGUGGGUAGGAGGCAAUACACACCACAAAGAAAUCCGAGAGAGCGAGUGCGGAGCCCUGGAGCGUGUAGACUGUAGGUACCCCGCGGACUCUUGUCUUGGUCACAUUGCGGUGAGUCCGAGCUGGCUGGUAUGGGACGGUAACGUUGUUCCAGUUUGGGGUCGGCUCACGCUCGUCCGGAGAUCAGACAAAUAAGCAGCAAUUGGCUACGCGUAUUUCUGUUACCAACUGACAGAUUGAGAUAACUUCAGAACAUCGAGUGACCGAGUGAUCAUACGUGGAUAACACGAACUAAAGCGAACGGUGGAAUAUAGUGAAUGUGGAAAUCAUUGACAGGGAGUGGUGAAGGAGAAAUCAAGACAAUGUGACUGGAGCAUGGAAUUGGAAACUAGCAGUAUCAACGUGUAGUUGCAGCAUUGCUAGCCAAUCAGUGAUUGAUCGUACGUACAUGACUGUACACGGGCGGCUAUCAUCCUCUCAACAAAUAGUUUCCCGUGGAUUAGUGAAGAUCUUACAGUUACAAGCUGAACAACCACCACAGUGAAGAUUACCACUCUGUGGCAGUGAAGUGUGAUGCCACCAGCCACCAUGGGUAUGCGGUUGCUGAUUUGCAAUGGCUGGAUGGCUGUGACGUUUGCAGCAAUCCUUCCCUCAGUGUUGCUGCUGCUGAAUUGCCCACGUGUCAUCAUGGCCGAGGAGUCAGGCCGCAUUGAGUUGCUUCUGGAUUUCUACAGCAACCCGGGAUUCGAACUGAGCGAUGGCAGCAAUUGCGAUAUCUGUGCUUUCGGAUGUUCUUCUUGCGACACUUUCAUGAGCUUCUGCCUGGAUAGCAUGGAAGCGGAGCACGCGGGCAUGUGCACAUUUGGACGCUUUGAAACACCGAUCCUCGGAACGGACGCAACAAUUGUGUUUGGCUUGUAUGGAGAGCAGCUCACGCCAGAGACACCAGGGCUCACCAAUCCGCUUACGUUCCUCUUUGAUGGCAACUGGAAGGGCGGCAUCAGUGCAAUUGUGGAAAUUCUGGAAUAUGAUGCGUUCUCGGCCAAUGACCUCAUCAAUCGCGCCGAUUUCUUUAUCAGUGGUCCAGCCGGCCAGUCAAACCAGACAACAGCUUGGUCCCAGCCAAUCACCCGUCCAAUGCACUCCCGCUCCUUUCUCACACUGCAAUACAGAGUGUACUGUAGAGAGGGUGUGCAGUGUAAUGAACCAAGUGUACCAGAGUCACAGUCCGACAAUGCCACCGUCCUGAACGGCAGUUCUGUUGUCAGAGAGCUGGGUGAUACCUUCAACAUGAGAUGUGCAACACCCAGCAACCAGCCAGUGGAAUGGAGAGAUAGGCGUGGCACCAUCAUUACGCAAAUAUCUACAUCUCGACGGCGUGCUGAUGCAAAUGGCUGGUUGAACAUCACGAGUGUAGAGCCAUCCGACCGUGGACGCUACACGUGUCAUGAGCUCACAACGGGCAGCAUGAUAGCACUGCUCACACUGGUGAUCGAAGGUCCACCGCAAGAUGUGCAAAUCUCAGUACUGUCAGACCCGACCGGCGAGAUGAUUUCCAGACUCGUGGUGUCGACAGAUGAGAGUGUCACCCUGGUGUGCAGUAGUGCCGCCUAUCCAGGUCCUCUGUUGUCAUGGAUACAGAACGGCCGUAUCCUGACAACCUUGGAGCAGGAGGUACGCAUGGUGGAGGAGCUGGAGGAGGAAGCGUUGCAGGUCUCACGCCGUAGUCUACUGGUAGUUGCCAGUGGCAACAAUACGCUGGGCAAUUUCACUUGCGUUGCCGACAAUGGAAAAGGACCCAGGGCGCUCGCUACUGCAAUUCUGAGUCGGCAGCAUGUUGCCAUGGAGACUGAAGUACCCACUGCCCAUACAACGACGGUGAUAGUAAGCUCUAUGCCGGUAUCCAGCACUGCUGCCAUGACGACAAGUACAGCUCACAGUACUAGCAACACAGUUGCUGUCAACGGGUUUGUCUCGUCCUCUCCGCCACGAACAACGGGUGCAUCCCAUACUACCUCCACCGUAGAUGGCGGUGAACAGAACCCUGGUGAGCUCAACGACGACUCAUCAAGCAGUAGCAGCGUGACUGUGGCAGUAGGUGCAGCAGUCGCUGGUGUAUUACUACUUGCCGUCAUCAUCAUUACACUUCUUAUCGUCAGUAGACGCAAGUCACGCCGUCGCAAGAAAGUACCACUGAAAACUGCCAACAGUGCGACAGCUUUCAUUGUUGAGAAUGAUGGUACAUCACCGGCAUCGUCCUUCGUGAAUCCAGGUUACCCUUCUACAGCUACUCCAUCAGCUCCGCCACUGGAGCAUCCAUUCAGUUCAAUGUCUGGAUCUGGUCCGCGCUUUGUGGAAAAGGGCAGCAUAAAAUCCACAUCCAGCGUCCUGUACGGCAAAGGAAGUAUGAAGCAGGCCAGUGGACGUCAAGCUGACAAUAUCAUUUACAAUAGCAAGAGUACGGGUGCCGCUGCCUUCGCUGCUCCUGCUUCUGCUGGUGGUAACAGUCCGGGCAAGUGUGAUGACGGGGCCGAUGGGUAUGGUGAUGAUGAUGAUGAAACGUAUGCUACCAUUAGUGAGAAGAGAAAAGAAGAGGAAGAUGCAACGGCAAACCUCUACCAGUCCAUGGAUGAAUAGUCAACGUGGCGAUAACUGGAAUCAGUCCAAACAGCUACUGAUGACCAUGUUUGCCAGUCCGGCAAUGUCUGGCCUCACCUUGAGAGCACCGUCGCUAAGACAUGUUGAAGUCAUGAUGCUCGGAUUUGCACCAUCUGUCUUUUAAAAUCACACACCUAGCGAUGCUUGCCUUAAAUUCUUCUCCGGGCUUUGCGAUGCUCGCUCACUUUCAUGCAACUCAUUCUCAGUAUUGCAUGCCAAUACGAGACAACGUGGGUGUCUGACCCAGCGCACUCGGCGCCUGCUGCUGCUGCUGCAACCUUUGGUUGCUCCUUUUGUUGACUGCAUGCACCACUGCAAAGGUGUCACUUGAAACCGCUUUUCAGUUUGCCUUGAAUUACUGAAUUACUGUCACGCAGGCAUAUCAUGGUUAUUAUGUUCUGCUAUUCUCUGAUGUCAGGAUCAUCGCGUGCUGGCAUGAGAUAGACAGCCACGUGGAAACACGAAUGCACUUGCAAUUGUUGUAUGAAUGCUUGCCGCCGAUGCAUACACAUGCAUGCGUGUUUUAAAAGUAACAGGAAAAGUCCAUCCUCGGCCCCGGCCCGGGUGGUUUUAUCCAGUCACGUCAUGCGUCGGAGAAGAGAUACAAACAUAGUUAUACAAUA